AUACAUCCAUGCUUUCUGUAAGAGCGCUGAGUAUCCUCCAGGUCGUGGUCCACUCCCUCCCCGGUGGUGUAGAACACUUACUCUCCAGCUAAACAAUGGCACCCAAGAAGGACGUUAAGAAGCCUGAGCCUGCAAAGAAGGCAGAACCCGCACCCGCACCCGCACCCGCCGCGGCUGCUGAACCCGAGGCCAAACCCAAAGAAGCAGCAGUUGAUCUGUCUUCAGUCAAGGUUGAGUUCACCCCAGACCAGCUGGAGGACUACAGGGAAGCCUUUGGCCUUUUCGACAGAGUCGGUGACAGCAAGGUCGCCUACAACCAGAUUGCUGACAUCAUGCGUGCUCUGGGCCAAAACCCCACCAACAAGGAAGUGAACAAGAUCCUUGGCAACCCCAGCUCUGAUGACAUGGCCAAUAAAAGAGUAGAGUUUGAGGCUUUCCUGCCCAUGCUGCAGUUUAUUGUGAACAGCCCCAACAAGGGAACUUUUGAGGACUACGUUGAGGGUCUGCGUGUCUUUGAUAAGGAGGGUAACGGCACAGUGAUGGGCACUGAGCUGCGUAUUGUCCUCUCAACACUGGGUGAGAGAAUGACAGAGAUCGAGGUCGACGCUCUCAUGGCCGGCCAGGAGGACGAGAACGGCUGUGUCAACUACGAGGCUUUCGUGAAACACAUCAUGUCUGUGUAAGUUGUACCGGUUGUGAGGAAGCUCGUCUAUUUCUCCCGACCCCAUGGUGUCAGGACGUCCAUGUGCUGUUUCAACAACCAACAGGAAACAAAUUUAAAUGAAAGGACUAUGGGAUGUCGUUUAUAAGUCAUUCUUCUUGUCAUAUGUUUUUUCCCCUUCUUUUUGUGUCAUUUGUAAGCCUUUUUUUUGUUCCAAGGGCGAGUCUCUCCACAGUAGGGCAAUAACGAGGCAUGCUCUCUUUAACAAGACACAUAAACAACUCUCUCUCUCUCUCUCUCACUCACACACACACACACACACACACACACACACACACACACACAUAUACAUAUAUAUCUACAUAUAUACACACAUAUUCACACACACCCCCUCCUUAUCAUCCGAAGGUGCUAAUAUAUGUCGCCUUCACUGUGGACUGGUCGCUGAAGCGCCCUACUCUCCCCUUUGUCCCAGAGUCUUUAUUUAUUUUUCGCCUCUGUCAUUUCUCAUAAUAAACUUUUCACAAAUUCCA